AUGGAGGCAUCGGCUGCGAGCUCCUCUCGCUCGCCUACCCCUACUCCGGGGCCAGUCAGGCCUCACCCAACGGCCCCCUUCCAUCCGCAUGGGGAUACAGCCACCUAUCGAGAUCUGCUGCUCUUCGAGGAGAGGCUCAAGAUGAACGCCGAGAUGCUGAGGAAAAGGAGGAGAAGAUACAAUAUCUUUCUAUACACCUUCCUGUCGGCCACACUUGUCAUGGCCCAUCAGCUCCUGCUGAAGACACCUACGACAUACGUCUCAUUACGAGCUCUCCAAGGCUUACUAGCGGUCGUCCUCAUCACCUUGAUCCUCUUCUUCGCCAGUGGUAUGUACGAUGAGAAGAUACGGUAUGCCCGUAGCUAUCUCACCUACUCCAACAAAGCCCUCCGCCCGCUCAAUAUGCACCUCAAUACCCGUCGCCCACCGCUACACCACCUCCUCCUCUCCUUCCUCCCCUCAUUCGUUCGGCCCCACCUACCCGCCACGUCAACUUCCACACCGACUGUUCCUCCACCACAGACCAAGCAAGUCCGGCGCGCGAGCGGCAGCGGGGUCAUGCCCUCCAUCCCGCCUUCCUCGAAUCCGCGAGGCGAGCUCAUCUUCUCCUCGCGGGUCGAUCGGGGGUUUAGGGAAGGGUACGAGCGAUACCGUUCUGCGUUCGAGCGGAGGCGGGAAGAGAAGGAGAGAAAGGAGCGAGCGGGUUGGUGGAGGCUUUGGCGGAGAAAGGCGCCAGAAGCUGUGGUGGCCGUAUUGGGCGGAGGGGAGAAGGGGAAGGUCGCGCCCACGCCGCCAAUCUCUAGGAGGGGAACACCGCCAAUACCCAUCACAGUCUCAUCUAUCUCUUCGACAUCAGCGGGUGGAUUAGGAAAGGGGCGGACGAGGACGCCGAGCCCUAGCAGUCUGCGGUUUGAGGAUAAGGCGCCGGGAGGAGGGAGGGAAAGAGCAGAGAGCUACUCGUUCGUCUGGACGGGGACGAGGGAUACGGGCCCGCUCAAACGGGCGCCAUGA